AUGGGUUUAACAAGAAGUGGUAAACAUAAGAGAAAGAGCACAGGUGGAAAAAGAACAGCCAAAAUGACAAAGAAGCAGUACUCCAUUGCCAGACAGGCAUCAAACACAAAGGUCGGACCAACCAAGGUAAAACAGCUGAGAGUGAGAGGAGGCACUUACAAGAUGAGAGCACUGAGACUCGCUGGAGGCAGUUUUACUCUCAAGACGCACAACGUGUCGCUGAAGUGCGCAAUCACGCAGGUCAUAUACAACGCAAGCAACAACGAGCUCGUCAGAACUAACACUCUGACCAAAGGAUGUGUUGUAAAGCUAGACCCAACUGGAUACACUCCCGUAAUAGAAAAAAUCCUUGAAGAGGAAGCAGACAUCGCAGAGAUAGACCCUGUUUUCGUAGAAGAGUUCAAGCAAGGAAACUUGUACGGAGUCAUUUCCUCAAGGCCCGGGCAGUCUGGCAGUGCUGACGGCCACAUACUACAGGCUGAAGAGCUUAGCUUCUAUCUCAAGAGAUUCAAGAGCAAGCAGAGAAAAUAA